GUUCGGGCGUGAGAUCUAAUCUUUCACCCGUCUCCUUCGCGACAGCUCUUGCUUUAGCUCGCGAGUGUUUCUGUUCUGUAUAGCGCUUCCUCGGGGGUCUCUCAUUUGUUCCGUAUCGUUCUUGUCGUUUGUGGGCAAUUACUGUAAAUCCCUUUUCCAAGAUUACGUUUUUGGUCCUACCCAGACGUUGAUUCAGUCACGGGCAUUGAAUCUUGUUUGGUGGGAUUCUGUCUCCGCCCUUGAUUUGUUUGCCGUGGCUUUGCCAUUGUGGCGUGCGGCCGGAGUCUAGCUUGAGCUGACACGUCUAACUUGGACGUCUGCUGGAAAGUUUGGUGGUUGAAUUCUUAUCAUUAGAUGGCGGUGCAAGAACGUGGUUCAGUCCCAACUCCCAGCGCACAAGUUGUGGGUAACGCCUUUGUGGAGCAGUACUACCACAUCCUUCACCAGUCUCCUGGUCUGGUUCAUAGAUUUUACCAGGACUCAAGUUUCCUAAGCCGGCCAGAUGUCAGUGGCAACAUAACAACGGUUACAACAACACAAGCUAUCAACAAAAAGAUACUAUCUUUGAACUAUGAGGAUUUUACAGCAGAGAUAGAAACUGCAGAUGCUCAGGAGUCCUAUGGUAAAGGGGUGAUUGUUUUGGUAACUGGAUGCUUAACUGGAAAGGACCAUGUGAGGAGAAAAUUCACUCAGACAUUCUUUCUAGCUCCUCAAGAAAAAGGAUAUUUUGUCUUGAACGAUGUUUUUAGGUUUCUCGAGGAGAAUGAACCAUUACCAAUGAAUUCUACGGCAAACAAUGGCACAAGUAACGCCACUGCAACAGCUGCCUUGCCUCCAGAACAAGAGCAUGCCAAGGUUCCUGAUGAACUUGCGGCAAAACCGUUGACUCCCUCGGAGGAAGAGCAGCUUAAUAAUGGACCCGGCAUUCUUAAUCCUUCUGGCAAUGAAGAAUCUGUGAUUGAAGACAGGGCUGUCGAAUCCACUCCUCAUCAGAUUGAUUCCUCCUGUGCAAGUGAGGAGGAUGCUCCAAAGAAAUCUUAUGCAUCAAUUGUCAAAGUAAUGCAAGGACAUGCAGUGACUGGCAAAAUAUUUGUUCCUUCCAAAACAGAAAGGACUUCACCACCACCUGCAAGCGAUACUCAACAGCUAUCUGUGAAAUCUUCUGUUGUGACUCCCAACCCUAGCACUGACAUUGCCCCUGAAAGCAGCAAUGUUCAUGAAGAAGCGGAGGGUCAUUCGAUAUUUAUCGGGAACUUGGCUUUUGACGCAACGGUUGAACAGCUUGAGGAGGAGUUUAAAAAAUUUGGGCCUAUCAAGAGCAACGGCAUUCAAGUUAGGAGUUCUAAGCAAGGUUCGUGCUUUGGCUUCAUCGAGUUUGAAACAUCAAGUUCCAUGCAAAGUGCUCUUAAGGCAUCGCCAGUAACAAUCGGGGAUCAUCAAGCGGUAAUCGAAGAGAAGAGAACGACUACCCGAGGUGAAAUGCAUGGAUAUAGCCAAGUGGCAAACAGUGGAAGAGGGAGGUACUCUUUGGGAAGAGGCGGAUUCAGGAGCGACAGCUUUAGGGGCCGCGGGAGCUUUGGCGGCGGUCGGGGUUAUGGAAGGAAUGACUUCCGAAACCAAGGGGAAUUCUCAGGCCGGCCGAGGGGUCCGAUGGGACGCGGUGGAGACGGCUACCAACGUGCUUAUCAGAAUGGGAAUGCAAAUGACAGCCGUGAAGGUGCAAACCGAAUGACUGGUGCUGCUUAAAGUAACAUCGAUGUGACAUGACAGUAGUAGUAAGUACUGAGUAGGCAAGCAAUUUUGAGAGUACAAAGUUGUUCCGGUCGAUCCCCUUUUCUCGCCGCGGUUUUUUCUUGUUUUGAUCAUCACAAAAGGGUAGUCAUUUGGGUAACAUUGCAGUUCCUGCAAAAAAAAAAAUUUUGGCCACCGGCGGUUUCUCUGCUCGGUACAUACUACAUACCUUGUAGACAAACCCUUGGCUGCUAAUAGGUCUAUCUAUUGAUCAAUUUGAGACUUUAUGAGUUUUGUGAUU